CGCGAGAGUCUCGCAAAAGUGCGAGAGGUUGUAAAUAUUGACAGUUAAUUGGCAAAAUGAAUUUAUGUGCUAAUUUAACGUGGUGUGACUCAAGUAUUGUCAGGAUAAAUAUGAAAUACCAGUUUUAACAUGAUGUUCUUUUUCCUCAUCACUUUAACCUGUUUGUUAGGAAGAGCAAUGUCAGAGCUGACAUGUACAGACUGGCAGGGCAAGGCGAUUCAGGACGGGGAGGACUUCUACCCGUAUGAGGCAGACCCUUGUCACAUGUGCAGCUGCUACCGUGGCGAGUCGACCAUGUGUAAAUCUGUGUCUUGCUCACCACCAAACUGUCCAAAGUGGCGUCAGAUCUCCAAGAAGUGCUGCCACUAUGAGUGUCUCGACUCAGACGGGGCGUCAAUCUUAACACAUGAUAAUGGCACCGCCAUUAACCCACCCACAGGCAACUCUGCAGGUGGUGCUGGUGGUGAUGGGACGAUGACGGACCUGGGUCUGCGUUUGGUGGCGAGCACGGUGACCACGUUUCUUAUCCUUGCCCUCCUACUCUUCCUCAUCCAUCGCUUCAGACAGCGGAGACUUCUUCUCACUCUCAGACGAUACAACCGCAGAAGGGAGCCACUAGAUGAUUCAGACAACAUCAGUUACUCUCCUGAUUUCUUUGGGGUACAGUGCCCCCCAUAUGAGGAUCCCCCACCCCCCUACACUCCGCCCAAACCCCACCCUGGGGAACAGCCCCCGCCCUAUGAAGCACUCGAGACAAAUAACAACCCUGAAAACGAGUUCACUGGGAGAAAUAAUGAGCAAACAAGCAAUGUAAACAACAGAGUACAUUCAACAGGAAGAUCAGGCAAUUGUGGAAGUUCUGAGGAGCACCUGCUAGAAGGCGGGAGUAACUCUAGUAGUCCCAGAAGGAACAAUAUGGUUACCAGGGGUGUAAAUACGGGAAUUACAGUUGCUGAUGACAACGCUGUCAUUGAUAUUAAUAGAUUUAGUGCCAUAAAUGCAAAUGGGAUAUGUGUUGAUAGUGGGAAUAAUUCCAGUGAGUGUAGUAAUAGUAGUAGAAGUUCACACAGAAAUGCACAUCCAAGGCAGGCUAGGCAAGUGGACAGGGUUCAAAGUGCAAUAGAAGGACAGAGGGCAAGUGUGCAUUUCAGGAAUAGUUCCAAUGGACAGCCAAAUACGUCUAUUGCAAUGGGUAUACAGAAUAGAAACAGAAACCUUGCUAGAAAUAGGUCAUCAGAUACAAACCUAAAUGCACAAGUUAGUCCAUUACGGAAUUGUAAUGGAACUCAAACUGAAUGUGCUAAUGCUCUUAAUUUAGAACUCAGAAAUGCUGUAUUGAGUUGGAGAAGUAAUGUUGUACAUGGUGUUCCCCAUGGUGGAGAGUGCUCAUCCAGUUCCACAGACAUAGGUGAGUCCACGACAUCUGCUGAGUCCCUGACCAGCAGUCCUGAAUCUCCUGCCUUUGAUCUGGACACCCCUUCAGAAGGCCAAAACAAUCAGGAACGUGUUGUAGAUGAUGCAGAGACGACAGUUAAGAGGUUCCUGGACAGGCAGUUUGGUCAGGUGCCCAAGGGUCGUCGCUACCCCACUACAAUGUCCCAGUCAUGGACAAGUCCACAGGGUGCCAGUCCAGGGCAAAACUUCAAGCAAAGCAUCUCAUUAGGGGCUUUUCCUGCCAAUGGAGAUGUCCCUGGGCAGUCUGUGCCACAGUGCUCAAGAGUUGAUCGAGACAACAAGCCUUUGUUACCAAGAUCGAAAUCUGAACACUUGAAAACCAAUGGGAGUUUAAUUAACCAUCCAUUUAAUGGAGUAGUUAAACCAGUGAACUAUCAUCACAAUGGACAUGGAGCAAGAGUGGCUUACAAGGAGCCUGAUGAGCUGUCACAAAGACAAGAUAGGAACUCGAACCAAUGUAAUCAUAGCGCUAGUGAAGUGUGUUCUAGUCAUGACCUGACCUUUCGCUCGGAUGUGAGUGAGUGUGGGAGUAUUACCUCCAAUGUUUCAAACCUUGCCGCUGCAAUCCUUGACCCUGGGGAUAUUAUUGUGACAAAACGGCAAGAUGAACUACGCAAAUUGAGAUUGUCCCAUCUACUCAAUAAGCCAGUAUUGGAGUUAAACAUUGAUCCAUCUUCAGCAUCUAACUCUGUAGCUGUCAACCAUCAACAGUUACAGAGGUCAUUAAGUGACAAUUCAGUGGAUUCAUCGUGUGUGUCUAACAAACCGUGUGAUUAUUAUGAAAAUGUACCAACUGGAUUUACAAUUAGGAAUGACUCAAAAUACCCAUCAGACUCAUACAGGCAUUUUCUGCAAACCUGUUUGUCUGGGAGGCAGGAAAAAACAAGAGGACAGUCACAAAGGAAAGACAGAUCAGUGAAUGAUUCUAAUUUUUCAUCAAGUAGAAAGUCUGAAAAGAAAGUAACAUCAAGUACGCAGUCAAGCCCUAGAAAAGAGACUUCUAGGGUCAAACCAAGGCCUGACAACUCUAUGAUUCACAGCUGGCAUGCAGGGGUAGCUGAUUCAGGGGAUGAAAAUACUUCAGGCCCAAAUUCAAACACUCUUGCUAGAAAUAGCAAUGUAAACUUUGAGAAAAAGUCGUGCGGCAGUAAGGAUGUAAGUAAUGUGUUUUUGCCACUGUUUAAGCCCUCAAACCUGGAAAUGGACAGUACAGUGGACAGGGGCAAGGUGCCAGACAGUGAGAUGAGGGCAUCUGCAGCUGCAAUGUACAGCUGUGAAACAGAGGAUCGCCCAGACAGGAAAGAGCGAAGACACAUGUUUAAACGCCACUCAAUGGGCUGCUUUCCUGCUAAACAUACUGACAACUGUGUAGCAUCACAUCAUGGGCAGAGAGCCCAUCAUUUGACUAGGUUUGAUAAUGUUAUAGGGGAUGUGAACAUGAAAAAGAGAAAUACAGCAAAAGAUCAAAGAUCCAAAAGAAUAUCUGCACCAGCCACAUCAAAUGAUUCACAUAAAGUGGAACAAAAUGCCCCCUAUUUGAUGCAUUCGGCCAUACCAAGAGACUUUGCCUUAUUGGAUCAUGAUAUUCCAGCUCUGUUUGGUAUCAGACACUCUGACAAUCGCUCCAAGAAGAGGUCCAAGUCACAGGGCAGGGGUGACCCCAGUGGCAAUGGGGCCAGGAAGGGGUCUGGGGGAUCCCGGGCCAGGAGGAAGCCCCAGCAGGCCUGCUUAUUCCACCAGGAGCUAGAACAGGUCCUUAGCAAACAGAGGUCUCCUGCUAAACACACUCCUGCUGAUAUAAAAAAGAACAAUAGUGCAAUAUCUCAAGUAUAACUGUUCAUUGUUUGCUUUGUAACUCAUUUAUUGUAUUAACCUGUUAGAAAUAUGUUGCCAUUACUGGUGUUCUAAAUGUUUUUGAAUGAGAUAUUAUUGUCUCUACAUGUUUCAGUGUGAAUUGCUUAACUUGAAGUACACAUGUACAUUGUAUUUAUGAAUAAUCUGACUUUCUUACUGUUUAACAUAACUUUCAUAUUUAUUUAUUUCUCUUUCAAAAAAUUCUGUGUUUUAACUCUUUUUACCUCUAAUAAAAUCAGGUUGUUUUGUUAUAGCCAUAUUACGCUAUGAAGAUUAAUUAAGAUUUUUGCUGAAUUCGUUGUUGAUGUGCAUGAUUUGCUUUUAAAUAAAUGCUUUUAUGUACUAAAUUUUGAUUAUUUGCAAAGAUUUACAUUCUUACAUUUGUAUAUAUUAUAUAUACUGGUUAAUUUUAUUUAAAGUCCCAAUUGUUUUAUAAGUAUUGCAAAAAUUGUAUGUUUUAUAUGAAAUAUUUAACUGUAAAUGGAUUUCUAUUCCUUAUGGGGUACAGAAAGUUGUACAUAUAAUAUGCAACACAUGUGAGAUUUUUUUCUUGAAUGUAAACAGUUCAGUUUUGUAUGUCGAUCAUGCGCAAUCUGUUCAUUUUUUGAACAUCUUUUGUAUGUUUAGUUUUGCAGUGUUUAUAAACAUUGUAUAUAAAGUACAAUAAUGAAAAUGUUUGUUAUACAGACUUUAACUCGCACGAUGUACUGCUGUAACUUUACAUGUAGAUCUGUUAGAUUGAGAACAAUUCUACCUUAUAAGGAUUUUUUUUAUCCCAUUAAAAUAUCGUGAUUGCCUUUUCUUACAAUGUUUUUGUUUCAGUAACUUUACAGAAGCUUACAUAAAAUAUGAACCUUUAUCUUCAUACAUUGGAAAUCAAAUGUUUGCAUUUAUGGAGAAAUAAGGACUACUGCAGUCAUUUCAUUGUCUUAUAACAGCUGUUGUAUUGUGUAGUCCUGAUGCACUGCAUUACUUUUAAUAUGUUAAGUUCUGGUUUUGCUCCAAUCUUAUGUUACCAUCCAGUAUGAUGGUAUUGUUAAGAUAAAAAAAAAUUGUUUUAGAUGCCAUAAUGUUUUGUAAAAUGUUUAAAUUGUGAGUAAAAAUGGAAGAUAUA